CCAUCUGUGUGACGUUAACAGUUUACCGUGUCUUCGUACUCUCGGUGUCCACCCAUCACCUCCUACUUUCUCCUCUUUCACUCUGCUCCAGCCCCUCUGGCCUCCCUGCUAUUGUUAGAGAAGGCCAGGUCCUUAGCUCUGGCUGUUCCGCUAGCCUGAGAUUCUUUUCUUUCCCCAGAUAUCGGCAAGACUUGCUGCUCAUUCCCUUCAAGUCUUGGUUCAAAUGUUACCUUCUCGGUGAAGUCAACUCUGAGUACACUGUUAAAAAUUGCACACACACACACACUAAUGCCCCAGUUGCCCUCACCUUGCUAAAUUUUUUUUUUAACCCCGUAGCACUUACCACCUUCCAACAUAUUAUGCAAUUUGCAUAUUGUCAGUCAUUCAUUCAAUAACUGUUUAUUAGCACCUACUAUGUGCCAGGCUGUAUGUGUCCCGGCUAUGUGAGGAUAAAAUUCCCUGCCCUUGUGAAGGUUACAUUCUAAGGGAGGCAGAUGAUAAACAAAUUUGCAAGUAAGCGAGUAUCAGAUAAGUGUAUCACCUCCUGUUAACAGUGAAUAAAAAUCUGGUUUUUAAUCUCCAUUGUGGGACUGAGCUUCCCAAGACCCCUGUGGUGGCUGAUUUUUGCUUCCCCAUCCCUGAUGACUUGAGAGAGAUCAGGAUCUCCCAAGCCCUUCCUCCUCAAAGGGGCAGUACGCACUUGACCUUCUCCUGCCUCCCUUCUGCACCAGUGGGGAGAUGUUGAAGUUCAAGUAUGGAGCACGGAACCUGCUGGAUGCUGGUGCUGCUGAACCUAUUGCCAGCCGGGCCUCCAGGCUGCAUCAUUUCUUCCAGGGGAAACCACCCUUUAUGAGUCAACAGCAGAUGUCUUCUCUUUCUCGAGAAGGAAUAUUAGAUGCCCUCUUUGUUCUCUUUGAAGAAUGCAGCCAGCCUGCUCUGAUGAAGAUUAAGCACGUGAGCAACUUUGUCCGGAAGUAUUCUGACACCAUAGCUGAGUUACAGGAGCUCCAGCCUUCCGCAAAGGACUUUGAAGUCAGAAGUCUCGUAGGUUGUGGUCACUUUGCUGAAGUGCAGGUGGUAAGAGAGAGAGCAACCGGGGACAUCUUCGCCAUGAAAGUCAUGAAGAAGAAGGCCUUGUUGGCCCAGGAGCAGGUUUCAUUUUUCGAGGAAGAACGGAGCAUAUUAUCUCAGAGCACAAGCCCUUGGAUCCCCCAAUUGCAGUAUGCCUUUCAGGACAAAAAUAACCUUUAUCUGGUCAUGGAAUAUCAGCCUGGAGGGGACUUGCUGUCACUUUUGAAUAGAUAUGAGGACCAAUUAGAUGAAAAUAUGAUUCAAUUUUACCUAGCCGAACUGAUUUUGGCUGUUCACAGCAUUCAUCAGAUGGGAUAUGUACAUCGAGACAUCAAGCCGGAGAACGUUCUCAUUGACCGAACGGGACACAUCAAGCUGGUGGAUUUUGGCUCAGCUGCUAAAAUGAACUCAAAUAAAAUGGUGAAUGCCAGACUCCCGAUUGGGACCCCAGAUUACAUGGCCCCUGAAGUGCUGACUGUGAUGAAUGGGGAUGGAAAAGGCCUCUACAGUCUAGACUGUGACUGGUGGUCGGUGGGAGUCAUUGCUUAUGAGAUGGUUUAUGGAAGGACCCCAUUCACUGAGGGAACCUCAGCCAGAACCUUCAAUAACAUCAUGAAUUUCCAGCGGUUUUUGAAGUUUCCAGAAGACCCCAAAGUUAGCAGUGAAUUACUUGAUCUGAUUCAGAGUUUAUUGUGUGGCCAGAAAGAGAGACUGAAGUUUGAAGGCCUUUGCUGCCAUCCUUUCUUUUCUAAAAUCGAGUGGAUUAACAUUCGUAACUCUCCUCCCCCGUUCGUUCCCACCCUCAAGUCUGAUGAUGACACCUCCAAUUUUGAUGAACCAGAGAAGAAUUCGUGGGUUUGCUCCUCUCCGUGCCAGCUGAACCCCUCAGGUUUCUCAGGCGAAGAACUGCCGUUUGUGGGGUUUUCGUACAGCAAGGCACUGGGGAUUCUUGGUAGAUCUGAGUCUGUUGUCUCAAGUCUGGACUCCCCUGCCAAGACUAGCUCCAUGGAAAAGAAACUUCUCAUCAAAAGCAAAGAGCUGCAAGACUCCCAGGACAAGUGUCACAAGAUGGAGCAGGAAAUGACCCGGUUACAUCGGAGAGUGUCAGAGGUGGAGGCUGUGCUUAGUCAGAAGGAGGUGGAGCUGAAGGCCUCUGAGACUCAGAGAUCCCUCCUGGAGCAGGACCUUGCUACCUACAUCACAGAAUGCAGUAGCUUAAAGCGAAGUUUGGAGCAAGCACGGAUGGAGGUGUCCCAGGAGGAUGACAAAGCACUCCAGCUUCUCCAUGAUAUCAGAGAGCAGAGCCGGAAGCUCCAAGAAAUCAAAGAGCAGGAGUACCAGGCUCAAGUGGAAGAAAUGAGGUUGAUGAUGAAUCAGUUGGAAGAGGAUCUGGUUUCGGCAAGAAGACGGAGUGAUCUCUACGAAUCCGAGCUGAGAGAGUCUCGGCUCGCCGCCGAAGAGUUCAAGAGGAAAGCAACGGAAUGUCAGCAUAAACUGAUGAAGGCUAAGGAUCAAGGGAAGCCUGAAGUGGGAGAAUAUUCCAAACUGGAGAAGAUCAAUGCUGAGCAGCAGCUCAAAAUUCAGGAUCUCCAAGAGAAGCUGGAAAAGGCUGUGAAAGCCAGCACCGAGGCCACCGAGCUGCUGCAGAAUAUCCGCCAGGCAAAGGAGCGAGCUGAGCGUGAGCUGGAGAAGCUGCAGAACCGUGAGGAUUCUUCUGAAGGCAUAAAAAAGAAGCUGAUUGAAGCCGAGGAACGCCGCCAUUCUCUGGAGAACAAGGUAAAGAGGCUAGAGACCAUGGAGCGUAGAGAAAACAGACUGAAGGAUGACAUCCAGACAAAAUCCCAACAGAUCCAGCAGAUGGCUGAUAAAAUUCUGGAGCUGGAGGAGAAGCACCGGGAGGCCCAGGUCUCAGCCCAGCACCUAGAGGUGCACCUGAAACAAAAGGAGCAGCACUACGAGGAAAAAAUUAAAGUGUUGGACAACCAGAUAAAGAAAGACCUGGCUGAUAAGGAGACUCUAGAGAACCUGAUGCAGAGACACGAGGAGGAGGCCCAUGAGAAGGGCAAAAUUCUCAGCGAGCAGAAGGCGAUGAUCAAUGCUAUGGAUUCCAAGAUCAGAUCUCUGGAACAGAGGAUUGUGGAAUUGUCGGAAGCCAAUAAACUUGCAGCAAACAGCAGUCUUUUUACCCAGAGGAACAUGAAGGCCCAGGAAGAGAUGAUUUCAGAACUCAGGCAACAGAAAUUUUACCUGGAGACGCAGGCUGGGAAAUUGGAGGCUCAGAACCGAAAGCUGGAGGAGCAGCUGGAAAAAAUCAGCCACCAAGACCACAGUGACAAGAACCGUCUGCUGGAGCUGGAGACGAGGUUGAGGGAGGUCAGCCUAGAGCAUGAGGAGCAGAAACUGGAGCUAAAGCGUCAGCUCACAGAGCUGCAGCUCUCCCUGCAAGAGCGUGAGUCCCAGCUGACAGCCCUGCAGGCUGCCCGCGCGGCCCUGGAGAGCCAGCUUCGCCAGGCGAAGACGGAGCUGGAAGAGACGACAGCGGAAGCAGAAGAAGAGAUCCAGGCGCUCACGGCACAUAGAGAUGAAAUCCAGCGCAAAUUUGAUGCCCUUCGUAACAGCUGUACUGUAAUCACAGACCUGGAGGAGCAACUGAACCAGCUGACUGAGGACAACGCUGAGCUCAACAACCAAAAUUUCUACUUGUCCAAACAACUUGAUGAGGCUUCUGGCGCCAAUGAUGAGAUAGUACAGCUGCGAAGUGAAGUGGACCAUCUCCGCCGAGAGAUCACAGAGAGAGAGAUGCAACUCACCAGCCAGAAGCAAGCACAACUCAGUGGUACUGAUUUGCAGACGAUGGAGGCUCUGAAGACCACCUGCACGAUGCUGGAAGAACAGGUCAUGGAUUUGGAGGCCCUGAACGAUGAGCUGCUGGAAAAAGAGCGGCAGUGGGAGGCGUGGAGGAGCGUCCUUGGUGAUGAGAAGUCCCAGUUUGAGUGUCGGGUUCGAGAGUUACAGAGGAUGCUGGACACUGAGAAACAGAGCAGGGCAAGAGCUGACCAGCGGAUCACCGAGUCACGCCAGGUGGUAGAGCUGGCAGUGAAGGAACACAAGGCUGAGAUUCUCGCUCUGCAGCAGGCUCUCAAAGAACAGAAGCUGAAAGCUGAAAGCCUCUCCGACAAGCUCAAUGACCUGGAGAAGAAACAUGCCAUGCUUGAAAUGAAUGCCCGAAGUUUACAACAGAAGCUGGAGACUGAACGAGAGCUCAAACAAAGGCUUCUGGAAGAGCAAGCCAAAUUACAGCAGCAGAUGGACCUGCAGAAGAAUCAUAUUUUCCGUCUGACUCAAGGGCUGCAGGAAGCUCUAGAUCGGGCUGAUCUGCUGAAGACAGAAAGGAGUGAUCUGGAAUAUCAGCUGGAAAACAUUCAGGUUCUUUAUUCUCAUGAAAAGGUGAAAAUGGAAGGCACCAUUUCUCAGCAAACCAAACUCAUUGAUUUUCUGCAAGCCAAAAUGGACCAACCUGCUAAAAAGAAAAAGGGUUUAUUUAGUCGACGGAAAGAGGACCCUGCUUUGCCCACACAGGUUCCUCUGCAGUACAAUGAGCUGAAGGUGGCUCUGGAGAAGGAGAAAGCUCGCUGUGCAGAGCUAGAGGAAGCCCUUCAGAAGACCCGCAUCGAGCUCCGGUCCGCCCGGGAGGAAGCUGCCCACCGGAAAGCCACAGACCACCCGCACCCGUCUACGCCAGCCACCGCGAGGCAGCAGAUCGCCAUGUCCGCCAUCGUGCGGUCACCCGAGCACCAGCCUAGUGCCAUGAGCCUGCUCGCCCCGCCAUCUAGCCGCAGAAAGGAGUCUUCAACUCCAGAGGAAUUCAGUCGGCGUCUUAAGGAGCGCAUGCACCACAACAUUCCUCACCGAUUUAACGUAGGACUGAACAUGCGAGCCACAAAGUGCGCUGUGUGUCUGGAUACUGUGCACUUUGGACGCCAGGCAUCCAAAUGUCUUGAAUGUCAGGUGAUGUGUCAUCCCAAGUGCUCCACGUGCUUGCCAGCUACCUGUGGCCUGCCAGCCGAAUAUGCCACGCACUUCACCGAGGCCUUCUGCCGUGACAAAAUGAACUCCCCGGGCCUCCAGACCAAGGAGCCCAGCAGCAGCUUGCACCUGGAAGGGUGGAUGAAGGUGCCCAGGAAUAACAAGCGAGGACAGCAAGGCUGGGACAGGAAGUACAUCGUCCUGGAGGGAUCCAAAGUCCUCAUUUAUGACAGCGAAGCCAGAGAAGCUGGACAGAGGCCCGUGGAAGAAUUUGAGCUGUGCCUUCCCGACGGGGACGUAUCUAUUCAUGGCGCCGUUGGUGCUUCUGAACUCGCAAAUACAGCCAAAGCAGAUGUCCCAUAUGUACUGAAGAUGGAAUCUCACCCGCACACCACCUGCUGGCCCGGGAGAACCCUCUACUUGCUAGCGCCCAGCUUCCCCGACAAACAGCGCUGGGUCACCGCCUUAGAAUCAGUUGUCGCAGGUGGGAGAGUGUCUAGGGAAAAAGCAGAAGCCGAUGCUAAAUUGCUCGGAAACUCCCUGCUAAAACUGGAAGGUGAUGACCGUCUAGACAUGAACUGCACACUGCCCUUCAGCGACCAGGUGGUAUUGGUGGGCACCGAGGAAGGGCUCUAUGCACUGAAUGUCUUGAAGAACUCCCUCACCCACGUCCCAGGAAUUGGAGCAGUCUUCCAGAUUUACAUCAUCAAGGACCUGGAGAAGCUACUCAUGAUAGCAGGAGAAGAGCGGGCCCUGUGUCUUGUUGACGUGAAGAAGGUGAAACAGUCCCUAGCACAGUCCCACCUUCCCGCCCAGCCAGACAUCUCGCCCAACAUCUUCGAAGCUGUCAAGGGCUGCCACUUGUUUGCUGCUGGCAAGAUCGAGAACGGGCUCUGCAUCUGUGCAGCCAUGCCCAGCAAAGUUGUCAUUCUCCGCUACAACGAAAACCUCAGCAAGUACUGCAUUCGGAAAGAGAUAGAGACCUCAGAGCCCUGCAGCUGUAUCCACUUCACCAAUUACAGUAUCCUCAUCGGAACCAAUAAAUUCUACGAAAUUGACAUGAAGCAGUACACGCUUGAGGAAUUCCUGGAUAAGAACGACCACUCCUUGGCCCCGGCUGUGUUUGCCGCCUCCUCCAGCAGUUUCCCUGUCUCCAUCGCGCAGGUGAACAGCGCAGGGCAGCGGGAGGAGUACCUGCUCUGCUUGCACGAAUUCGGGGUGUUCGUGGAUUCUUAUGGAAGACGUAGCCGCACAGACGAUCUCAAGUGGAGUCGCUUACCUUUGGCCUUCGCCUACAGAGAACCCUAUCUGUUUGUGACCCACUUCAACUCACUCGAAGUAAUUGAGAUCCAGGCACGCUCCUCUCUGGGGACCCCGGCCCGAGCGUAUUUGGAAAUCCCGAACCCACGCUACCUGGGCCCUGCAAUUUCCUCAGGAGCAAUUUACCUGGCCUCCUCAUACCAGGAUAAAUUAAGAGUCAUUUGCUGCAAAGGAAACCUUGUGAAGGAGACCGGCACUGAGCACCACCGGGGCCCCUCCACCUCCCGCAGCAGCCCCAACAAGCGAGGCCCGCCGACGUACAACGAGCACAUCACCAAGCGCGUGGCCUCCAGCCCGGCGCCACCCGAAGGCCCCAGCCACCCGAGAGAGCCAAGCACCCCCCACCGCUACCGAGAGGGGCGGACGGAGCUGCGCAGGGACAAGUCCCCCGGCCGUCCCCUGGAGCGGGAGAAGUCCCCGGGCCGGAUGCUCAGCACGCGGAGGGAGCGGUCCCCGGGGAGGCUGUUUGAAGACAGCAGCAGGGGCCGGCUGCCGGUGGGAGCCGUGAGGACCCCACUGUCCCAGGUCAACAAGGUCUGGGACCAGUCUUCAGUAUAAUUCUCAGCCAGAAAACCAACUCCUCAUCUUAAUCUGCAGGAAAACACCCAACACACUAUGGAACUCUGCUGAAGGGGACCCCAGCGCCCAUCUGCUCAGCCACCCCAUGGCACAGCUGGACCCAGACCCACCUCAGCACGGACACCCUGCGUCCGGCAGGAGCAAGGGGCUGAGGCUCUGAGGAGCUGUCGGCAGCUUCCUGCAGUCAUCCUCUGUGCACUUUGUUACUCUUUCAAAGCAUUCAUAAACUUUUGUACCUAGCUCUAGCCUGUACCAGUUCAUCCAAGGAAACCAACCGGGCGCUAACUAACACGUGGUUAGCAUCCUAAUUAAUAGCUACUCUAAGAUCCUAGGGUUGGUUGGUUUUUCUUUGGCUUUUGGUUUUUUUCUUUUGUUUCUUUUUUUUAAAGACAGAAUUCUUAAUAGAUUUGAAUAGCAAUGUAUUUCCUGUUGUAGUCAUUUUUAGCUAGAUCACACCGUCAGGUCUUUGCUACUGAAACGUAUCGUAGAAGAGUCCCUGCCAGUUAGCUAACCUCCUGCGCUCACCUAGGUUCAUUCUCGUUCCAGUCCAUCCUCGUAGAUGGCCCUGUUUUAGCAGGGGGACAUCUUAGCCAAAUGUUUACUGUUCUCAUUACCUUUAUGGCCUUGACGACUUCCCCUCCCACCAGCUGAGAAUGUACGGAGGUCAUCAGGCCUCAGCUCGGAGGCAGUGACUUGGGGCCAAGGGACCUCGAGGAGCUUACCCUCCCCGCCCCUCAGCGUCAUCUCCCCAGCCUGCUGUCCCCGCUUUCCAUGUAGCUUUGGCCAGGAAAGCAUGCAAUACACUCGCUCUGAGCCCAGUACUGAUGAGUCUCUGGGUCCAGGAGGGGACCGGGAGCACCCACCUCCUGUCCUUGAUGGCGCAUUGAUGCCCACCCUGGGACAGAGAGAGACCCAUCCAGGAGUUCUGCAUGGCGGUUCACUGCAUGUGCUGCCCCCCAACCUGGCUGCCCCCCUUGGGUUGCUCUGCCAAUGUACUAGUCCCAUACCAUAGCUCCCACCGAAUCGAGACCCUCUGACGACUUGCCAACUCACUGGCCGCAACAAGCUGCAGUCUGUAGCACUGAACAAACAAAAAACCAAACGCUCAAGCCUUACGACCAGAGAAGGAUUUCAGCAGACCACCACCUCACACUUCCACGCUUCCCUGCCGACUCCCUCGCGGACGACUGUGUGUUCACACAAAACCCAGCACGGUUCUACCCCACGAAACUGUGACUUCCCAAAUGAGCCUUUCCCUAGGGCUAGACUAAGACCAGGAAGUUUGAGAAGAGAAGGGAGCCGCAGCUCAACGCUUCCACCUCUGCCGGGUCGGGAAGUCCUCCUUAGGUGCAGAGCGGCUCACGCUGCUUUUACCCUCUGUCGGAGUGCGGAAUUCCUGGCAACUGGCAAAGAACCAACCUAGAGGCUUUGCAGUUGGCAAGCUAACUCGCGGCCUUACUUCUGCCUUUAAUCUCCCACAAGGCAUCUCUUGCUUCGGAUUCUCCAUGACUCGUAGGCUCACCUCCAACAACCAAGGCACAUCCUAGGUAGGCUGACAGGUAGACCUGUUUCCACCACAGCAGGUGAACAUGACCAUGUUUCAGCCCACGUGUCUAGUUCAGAUCACUUUCCAGAUUGCAACCUGGCCCAAAUCCUGGCUCCUUCCUGCUCGUCUCUUAACCUAAGUGCUUUCUCGUUUGAAACGCCCACAACCCUCCUUCCAUGUUGUUGCAUCCUUGACAAGUGUCAUGCUGUCGUGUUCUGUGUGUCGCUUGGAGCCUUUGGGAUCAUACUGCAUCCCCACCCUCCCCUGGGGCAGAUCUGACUGAAUGUUUGCUGAAGUUUUUGUCUCUUGGUCCACAGUAUUUGGAAAGGUCACUGAAAAUUGGUCUUUCAGUCUUGGCAUUUCAUUUAGGAUCUCCGUGAUCAAUGGGCUUCUUGAGCCCUUAAAGUGUAUAUCGUGUGUCUCAUUUGUGAAAUGCUUCCUGCUAUAGAACUAGCUCAAAAGACUGUACAUAUUUACAAGAAACUUUAUAUUCGUAAAAAAAAAAGGAAAUUGAAUUGGUUUCUACUUUUUUAUUGUACAAGGUGCAUUUUUCAACACUUACUUUUGGUUUCAACGGUGGUAGUUGUGGACAGCCAUCUUCACUGGAGGGUGGGGAGCUCUGUGUGGCCACCAAGAUGCCAGCAGGAAAUAUCGUGACACGAAAUUGCAGUCAAAAGCUUAUUAGCAUAAAUAAGAUUCUAGGUCCAAAAGUAAAGGCUUUUUCUUCAUUACCUUUUUUAAUCAGAGCGAGGAAAAGAACACAAGGAACAAUUCACGAUCCACCUUGAGAGGAAUGAACUUUGUUGUUGAACAAUAGUGAAAUAAAGCAAUGAUCGAAAAUGUU